GGAUGUCCAGUUGCGCAAACAAAGACCACAUUGGUCUUCUAUGGGGAAGUAGUUUGAUCGGCGCUCGAUUAACUGACCUGUUACUGGACAGGCUGCACGACAAGCAUCACCCUCCUUGUUCGUGUGCAACCGUCGCCUGCGUUGUCGUCCUGUUCCCGAGCAGCGAAUAAAUAAUGUCUGUGGAAGACGUGGAAACGAGGGUCUCCGAGGAACCGCAGGAAAUGGAUGACCAAGUGAUCUGCCCUGAGAAAGCAGAGGAGGCUAAGCUGAAGGCCAGGUAUCUUAACAUUGGAACAAAGCCUGGUGGGUCAGACUUUUUCAGAAAACGACUUCAGAAAGGGCAAAAGUAUUUUGACUCUGGUGACUACAACAUGGCACAAGCGAGGAUGAAAAACAUGCAGUUGCCGUCAGCCAUGAAAGAGAAGGCCGAGAUCACCGGCGGUCACAUCCCAACCCCUCAGGACCUGCCUCAGAGAAAGACUUCAAUUGUGACAAGCAAACUAGCUGGUUGAUGGGUCCUACCGUUCUUUCCAAUCUCCUACUCUUAGCUUCCUUCUCUGUUGUUGUUUUUUCAAACUUAUUGAAUGACCUCUAUGAAGUAGUUAUGCACCAAAUAUACCUGAGUAAAUCUUUGAGCCUUUGGCAAAUUAAGCCCAAUAAAGAAGUGGAUCCAUCGCAGCUGCUUGCUGUAAAAAAUGUAAUACUUGAAAGUAUGAAUAGAUGUUAGUGUUAUUUCAUAUCUCUGUAUAACGCCUCUGAAACAGUAGUUUGAUAAAGCCAAGGGAACAUGGGUAUCUUCACUCUCUUUAUACGUGUAGUUAUUAUAAACCAUUACAUGCAAAAAAUGACUUUCAGUGGAAGCAUAGUACAUUUUGCCUUGAAAGAUGCCUAUAACUUUAAAAUUCCAAACAUUGACAUGUUUUGUCUGUCCUCUCUUUUACUCUGUAUUUCAUUUCCGUUCAUUGACUUAAAAUCUAGACAAACACAAUGUAGCUACUUGCAUUUUACUCACCCUCAAAGAACACUUGCUGCUGGUCAUCAUCUCACCUGACCUAUGAAACGGCCUUAAGAAGCACUACGUUUGUUGGCGAGUCUUGCGUUGUGACCUGUUAAGUCACUGUUCUGGUUUGACUGAAGUUUGGGAUUUUAAUUGAAAGAAAAUUCCUGGGAACGUGUCUGAAGUGUGCAUGAGCAUCUACUGUGCAGUCACAAUGUGCCAUUUGUUUUGUAAAUAAAGGUUUUGCACAA